UCUUCUUUAACAUUUUCACACGACCAGUCGACCACUCUCUCUCUCUCUCUCUCUCUCUCUCUCUCUCUAAAAUCUCAAUCGCAGCUGGUGAUUCUCACUCCAUUUCUUGUACCACACAGCUUCGCACGCCGAAACAUACUCUUGCAGGUUCAAAUACUUUUAAAAGUAAAGAUGGGUGACAAGAAGAAGGCCGGAGCUAUGUUGGUUAGGCUGGUUUCAGCUGCCGGCACUGGAUUCUUUUACGUGGUGAAGAAGACGAAGAGGCUCCAAAGCAGUAACAUCAAACUCGAGUUCCGAAAGUACGACCCUCGCGUGAGGCGCCACGUUUUGUUCACCGAGGCUAAGAUGAAAUGAGUUCCGAGGCAAAAUUCAUUUUUUCGGUUAUGGUAUUUUGUCUUUCGGUUUUUGGUUCGGUUUCGGAUUUUCGGAUGUGCUACUUAGGUUCUUAUGACACAUGAAAAUUCUCUCUUUCGCUAGUACGAUAUAUAUUCACUGGCUUGUUGUUAUAUUGGCUUCGAAUUUUCAGUUCUUGAA